CCGUCGAACGAAUUAGACCUCUUUCCAAAAAAUAAUUUUUAUUUAAUUUUUUUUUUUUUUUUGAUAAAAAUGCCUGUUGACGAACAAAAUAUUUUCUCGUUGCGCUCAAAUGGCGUCUCCGCUGUCGGUAUUCGUGACCAAUAUGCCGACGGAAAAGCUGCUCGCGUUUGGGAACUUUUCAUCGGCGAUCAGCAAUCCCGCACGAAAACUUACCGCAAAUUUUUGACAGAUUUGUUGCGCAAAAAUAACUGCAAACGAAUUUUGGAUGUUGCAUGCGGAACGGGAGUCGAUUCCGUUUUGCUGUUGGAAGAAGGAUUUGAAGUCGUUUCCAUCGAUGCGUCAGAUAAAAUGUUGAAACAUGCUUUAAAUAAACGCUGGAUGAACCGCAAGGACCCGAAAUUCGAUAAAUGGGUGAUCCAAGAAGCCAAUUGGCUGACACUUUAUGAGGAUAUUCAAACAAUUAUCGAGAAGGAGGGUCAUUUUGAUGCCGUUAUGUGCUUAGGCAACUCGUUCGCUCACAUGAUGGACAAUUACGGGGAUCAACGGGAACAAAAACACGCAAUUGCCAACUUUGAAAAGUGCUUGAAGCCGGGUGGUUUGCUGUUGAUCGAUCAUAGAAAUUACGAUUACAUCUUGGAUACUGGAUCAACGCCCACAAAUUGCAUCUAUUACAACAGCAACCAUAAAAUCGAUAUAAAAACUUCAGUCUUGUAUGUCGCUGGAAAACCCGAUACCGUUACUCUUGAUUACGUUAUUGACCUCGAAAAUGGAGAUGUCAGUGACUUCCGUUUAUCGUACUACCCACAUCGCUUAGAGGUCUUCCGUAACAUCUUAAAAGAAAUUUUUGGACAUGCGGCGAAGAGCAACAUCUACGGCGACUUCCAACCUUUGGAUGAAAUCGUCGAUCCAGCAUUCUACAUUCACGUCAUCGAAAAACUUCACUAGAUUUCAUGAUAAAAUGUUCAAUUUCGUUGUUUGGAAUAAAAAUUUCUUGCUCAAGAAACUU